CAGAUGUGGAGGCAGCUGCCACCUGAACGAGGAAAGAAGUGAGGCGGCCUGACGGGAGGAGCACGUAGCCGUAUGUCCUAAUCACAGCUCGCCGCCUCCUGUGUACUCAGAGCUGGGGACAGGUCAAGGAAGAAAACCAAAAUGGAGUCCAUGCUGAACAAGCUGAAAAGCACAGUCACAAAGGUGACCGCAGAUGUUACCAGCGCUGUCAUGGGAAACCCUGUCACAAGGGAAUUUGAUGUGGGGAAACACAUAGCCAGUGGAGGCAAUGGACUUGCUUGGAAAAUCUUCAAUGGGACGAAAAAGUCCACAAAACAGGAAGUUGCUGUUUUCGUGUUUGACAAGAAGUUGAUUGAUAAAUAUCAAAAGUAUGAGAAGGACCAAAUUAUAGAUUCCCUGAAGCGGGGUGUUCAGCAGUUAACAAGGCUCCGUCACCCACGGUUACUUACUGUGCAGCAUCCUCUUGAAGAGUCGAGGGAUUGUCUUGCCUUUUGCACAGAACCUGUAUUUGCCAGCUUAGCUAAUGUUCUUGGAAACUGGGACAAUCUCCCAUCUCCACUCCCUGCAGAUAUUAAGGAUCAUAAAUUAUAUGAUGUAGAAACAAAAUAUGGCCUGCUUCAGGUUUCUGAAGGCUUGUCAUUUUUACAUAGCAGCGUCAAGAUGAUCCAUGCAAAUCUCACACCAGAAAAUAUAAUUUUAAACAAAAGUGGUGCCUGGAAAAUUAUGGGUUUUGACUUCUGCAAUCCAUCGGUAAACCCAUCAGAACAAGAGACAAAGUAUGUAUCUAAAGAAUGGGAUCCUAACUUACCCUCGCUGUGUCUGCCUAAUCCAGAAUACCUGGCACCAGAGUAUAUAUUGUCAGUAAGCUGUGACACUGCCAGUGACAUGUACUCGCUUGGUGUUAUCAUACAUGCAGUGUACAACAAAGGAAAGACCAUCUUUGAAGUCAACAAACAGGACAUUUACAAAAGCUUUAGCAGACAACUAGACCAGCUAAGUCAUUUAAACCCUAAUAUCCUUGUAAAUAUCCCAGAAGAAGUCCGGGAACAUAUAAAACUCCUUCUCAAUGUUACUCCAGCAGUCAGACCAGAUGCAGAUCAGAUAACAAAGAUUCCAUUUUUUGAUGAUGUUGGUGCUGUGACAUUACAAUAUUUUGAUUCCCUUUUUCAAAGAGACAAUCUUCAGAAAUCCCAGUUUUUCAAAGGUUUGCCGAAAGUUCUUCCCAAACUGCCAAAGCGUGUCGUUAUACAACGUAUAUUACCGGCACUGACUUCAGAAUUUGUAAACCCAGACAUGGUGCCGUUUGUGUUGCCCAAUGUUUUACUGAUAGCAGAGGAAUGCACCAAGGAGGAAUAUGCAAAGCUCAUUCUGCCAGACCUUGGCCCAGUUUUUCGGCAACAGGAGCCUAUUCAGAUACUUUUAAUAUUUCUGCAAAAAAUGGACCUUCUUCUGACCAAGACCCCACCAGAUGAAAUCAAGAACAGUGUAUUACCCAUGGUGUACAGGGCCCUGGAGGCACCGUCUAUACAGAUUCAGGAGCUGUGCUUAAACAUAAUCCCUACAUUUGCAAACCUAAUAGAUUACCCAUCCAUGAAAAAUUCUUUAAUACCAAGAAUUAAAUCUGUUUGUCUACAGACAUCAUCACUAGCUGUGAGGGUUAAUUCCUUAGUGUGCUUAGGAAAGAUUUUGGAAUACCUGGAUAAGUGGUAUGUGCUGGAUGAAAUUCUCCCUUUCUUGCAACAAAUUCCUUCUAGAGAGCCGGCAGUUCUAAUGGGGAUUUUAGGUAUAUACAAAUGUACCUUUACACAUAAGAAGCUUGGUGUUACCAAAGAGCAACUGGCUGGAAAAGUGCUGCCACAUCUAAUUCCUCUCAGCAUUGACAAUAACCUAAAUCUCAACCAGUUUAAUUCGUUCAUGGCCGUUAUUAAGGACAUGCUGAACAAGUUAGAGUCAGAGCAUAAAACAAAGCUUGAACAACUACAUGUUAUGCAAGAGCAGCAGAAGUCCUUGGAUAUAUCAAAUCAGCUGAAUAUUUCUGCAGAACAGACUAGUAAAGGAAGCAAUCAGACAGACAAAGUAUUUGACAUGAACCAAGAUUUUCUGACCGGAUCAAGUGAGAAACAGGAAAAUGGACAUGUGCAUAAACAGCAAAGCAAGAAGAUGUCACUUACACUUGAAGAAAAGCAGAGGCUUGCAAAAGAACAGGAACAAGUACAAAAGAUGAAAAGUCAGCAACCGUUGACGCCUAGUACAGUGACCGCUGCAGGGCCUGUGAAACAGACGAAGGAUCUGACUAGGACACUAGUGGAAAAUAUGUCGUCUCUAAACAGUUUCUCAAGCGUUGCUCCCAAACCAGCAAUGGCAGGGUUAUCCUCAGUCACUAGCAUGCCAGGAAGCAUGGGAUUCCCAGCAGUUGACAACAUGGCUUUAAACAGAAACCUACAAAAUGGGCUCAACUCAAACACCGGGUUCCAGCCUUCCACCUUCAGUAUGGGACCAAUGAAUCCCAAUCACAAUUUCUUUAGCGGAACAGCCCCCAUGGGAAUGAACAAGAUGCCACCACUGUCUACUCCUUCUACCAUGCAGAACUUCAGUACUCUUAGCAGCCCCCCUGGCAUGGUGCAGCAGAAUUCAUUCAGCAAGCCUGCCUCAGAGAUCUCAUCCUUAGACAGUUUAUUUGGUCCACAAAAACCCAAAGUAAGUAUGAACCAAAUGUCUCAGCAAAAACAAAACCCCUGGAUCAACCAGUUUGGAACACCACAAGCUUCUCAGCCCACGAGUGGCAAUGUAACUCAAGCAGGCAUGGCGGGACAGUCGGGGUUUGGAGUCCAGUCUAACCCGUUUUUCAAUCCUCCAAACCUCACACAGCCUGCAAACACAAUGAAGAGUAGCAGUUCUGCUAGCAACGAUUUAAAAGACCUUUUUGGUUAAAAACUCUUUUCUUACAGAUUGUUUUCUAUUCCUGCUUGGCCUGUUUGGAUCUCUUGCUUCUGUACUGCCAUUCUGAUCUUACAAGGUUUGGUUCUGUUGCUCUCUGCUUCCCUUAACGUGUGAUGAUCCUGUGGUUCUGUGUGAUGAGCUAAUUUUCCUAGCCAACAUACUUUCUCUUCAUUUUGGUGUCCAUAACUUACUACAUAGUUUAUUAUUUGGAGAUAAGCAAACGUUGGUCCAUGAAGCUCACACCUUAUUCAUCUACCAGGAUCAUGUCCCAAAGGACUUUCCUAUUCCAUUGAAAUAUAUUUUUUCCUUUUUAUUUUAUUCUGAUAUCUUUACUAUAAAGGGUAAGGGAUUUGAAUUGUUAGAAGCUUACUUUGGUUAACAUUCACCGUUUCUUUGCUCCUUCCUCAGGGUAGACACAUUUGUGAAAAUAUUUUAAUUCUAUUUCCACUUUAAGACUAAGACUACAUAGCGACUUGUGGUCGUAUGACGUAAGCUCGCAGUGUCGCACUGCUGCGUCAAAACGAAUGAUAGUGAAUUUGGUCACAUUGCAACCUACACUUACAGAGAUGCAACAGUCUGCAGAAACCCAAACCUGCUGGGUUUCAGUUUGACAGCAUUCACUGUCAGUUGUGAAUUUAGCAGAAUGACAUUGCUAUCUUAUGUCACACUGUCACAAGACACUCUGUAACCCUAGCCUAAAUU